AUGGCGUUGUGUAGUAGUAGUGGCGGUAGCAAUGGUCGUGGUGGUAGUAAUAGUAAUGGUGGUGGUAGUGGUAGUAGUGGUGGUGGCAGUGAUAGUGGUGGCGGUGGUCGUAGUACUGGUAGUGGUAGUAGUCGUGGUGGUAGUGGUAGUAGUGGUGGUGGCAGUGGUAGUAGUGGUUGUGUUGGUGAUAAUGGCAGUAGUAGAAGUGGUGAUGGUGGUAGUGGUAGUGGUGGUGGUGGUGGUGAUAUUGGUGCUAGUAGUAGAAGUACAAUGUACUAA